AUGAGGAUACCAUCUUCCCCAGAAGGCGAAUGCACUGAUAAACUGAUAUCUGGGGAGGUUUCAAGACAUCCCGGACCAUUAAUAGGAUCACCAACGCUUUCUCCACUGGUAGAAACACCCUCUGCACUUCCGUGUCGAAUUUCAUCCCCAAGAAGGGCAGUCUCCUUGUCCGUUCCAAAUGUGACUUUGGAAGCUCUGACAGUAGAUACAGUGUUUCAGUGUUCUGUAAAUGCCAAAUGUUUUACACAGAACACAAAGCCUAUUAACCCACACACAGGUAAGGCAAGUGAAUGGCCACUGAUAUGUUCUGAGUGUGGGAAAUUUUUUACACAGAAAUCAGAUCUUAUUACACAUCAGCGAACUCACAUAGGUGAGAAGCCAUUUCCAUGUUCUGAGUGUGGGAAAUGUUUUGCACACAAAUCAUAUCUUGUUAUACACUACAGAAGUCACACAGGUGAGAAGCCUUUUCCAUGUUCUGAGUGUGGGAAAUGUUUUACACAAAAAUCACAACUUGUUACACAUCAGCGAAGUCGCACAGGUGAGCAGGCAUUUCCAUGUUCUGAGUGUAGGAAAUGUUUUGCACACAAAUCACAUCUUGUUAUACAUCAGAGAAGUCACACAGGUGAGAAGCCAUUUCCAUGUUCUGAGUGUGGAAAAUGUUUUACACAAAAAACACAUCUUGUUAUACAUCAGAGAAGUCACACAUCUGAGAAGCCAUUUCCAUGUUCUGAGUGUGGGAAAUGUUUUGCACACAAAUCAGCUCUUGUUAGACAUAACAUAAGUCACACAGGUGAGAAGCAAUUUCCAUGUACUGAGUGUGGGAAAUGUUUUGCACACAAAUCACAUCUUGUUAUACAUUACAGAAGUCACACAGGUGAGAAGCCAUUUUCUUGCUCUGAGUGUGGGAAAUGUUUUGCACACAAAUCAUCCAUUAAGGACCAUGUACGAAGUCACACUGGUGAGAAGCCAUUUCCAUGUUCUGAGUGUGGGAAAUGUUUUUCAGACAAAUCAAAUCUUACUAAACAUGAAAGAAGUCACACAGGUGAGAAGACAUUUUCAUGCUCCGAGUGUGGGAAAUAUUUUACACGGAAAUCACAUCUUGUUACACAUCAGCAAAGUCACACAGGUGAGAAGCCAUUUCUAUGCUCUGAGUGUGGGAAAUGUUUUACACAGAAAUCAGAUCUUGUUAAACAUCAGAGAAGUCACACAGGUGAGAAGCCAUUUCCAUGUUCUGAGUGUGGGAAAUGUUUUACACAGAAAUCAGUUCUUGUUACACAUCAGAGAAGCCACACAGAUGAGAAGCCAAUUUUAUGUUCUGAGUGUGGGAAAUGUUUUGCACGGAAAUCAGUUCUUGUUAUACAUCAGCGAAGUCACACAGGUGAGAAGCCAUUUCCAUGUUCUGAGUGUGGGAAAUGUUUUGCACGGAAAUCAGUUUUUGUUAUACAUCAGCGAAGUCACACAGGUGAGAAGCCAUUUCCAUGUUCUGAGUGUGGUAAAUGUUUUGCACAGAAAUCACAUCUUGUUAAACAUCAGCGAAGUCACACAGGU